ACGUGGGUGGCUUUCCACGAAGCAUGGAAGGUUUUGUCACUCUAGAUGAGGUUGGUGAUGAAGAAGACUCGGAUCAUCAAAAACUCCGCAAGUCGGGUUUGGCAGUAAAAUCUGCUGGCAAAAACGAUGAUAGUUUGGCGGAAAUCAAGGUAGACAAGAUUGAGGAGCCAGAGCAGGAAAAUGAAACGUUAGAAAAUGGAACCAAAACCGAAGAUAAUUCGAAGGCUGAAACUGUUGAAGCUUCUGAUACCACAACAGCACAGGAUACUGAGAAAAAUGCCCAUGAAAAUACAGACACACCAGAUGAACCAGAAACAAAGAGCGUCCAAGAGAAAUCUCUUGUUCCGGAUGAAUUCAGGAUUGGGCCAUACCAGCCAAACAUUCCUGUUGGUGUGAAUUAUGUGGUACCCAAAACAGGGUUUUAUUGCAAAUUGUGUUCCCUGUUCUACACAAAUGAAGAUGUUGCAAAAAAGACCCAUUGCAGCAGCCUUCCUCAUUAUCAAAAGUUGAAGAAAAUUCUGGAUAAAAUGGCAGAAGAGCACAGGCAAAAGAAAGACGCUUAAAAGGAAGGAAGGAUGUAAGGAAAACAGUGGCUUUGUUUUUAAUGUUAAUCUUUUUUUUUAAAGCAGUACAAGUAGUAGAUGGAAAUACUGUAUUCUUUUUUUGGUUUAGUGAAAUACAGUAGGCAUUAUAGGUCUGUUCAUGUGUUAAAUGUUGUAGCAAAAAGCAUAUGCAGUUAAGUUAAUGACAAAAUAUUGUUCUUAAUGUGAGAAUGGCAACAAGUUUUUGUUCUGACACUUCAAGUUAUUAAAGAAAAAAUCUUGCACCCUUGUGGAAAGCUCAUCUAUGGGAAGAAAACUUCAUUUAAGUGAAAUUUACUACUUUCAAGCUUUAGAAAUUGUCUUUCAAUUCCAUUCUCAAUAAAAAAUAAAAAGUAACACUGUACUUUUAUUUUAUCUAGAACAUUCCAUAUUUCAGUCUGAGCCUAGCAGAUAUUUAAUUUGGAGUGUAAGGCUGUCAUUGCAUUUCACUUUUGAAAAGUCUUUAAAUGUAAGUUGCAUUUUUAAAUGUUGAAUUGCAGUUUCUUUUAAUGUCAUUGCUGUUAUAUAGCAAAUAGGAAAAUUAGUGAUUAGUCAGCUUUACAACUUCGUGAUUUUUUUCCUAAGCUCUUGAUAGACUUUCCUGUUCAGCUAUUCUGUGUAUUUUUAGUGAAACGUAAAUGCCCAUUCUACUCUGAGCAGUAUUAUUUCCUUGAGCUCUUCCUGCUUUUACUUGAAUCUUGUAGCUGUCGUACAUCUCUAGUAUAUUCAAAAGCAGCAUUUGAGUCUUGAAAUGUAAAAAGGUAUCUUUAUAUUCUUCACAUGUAAUUUUUCAUACCUGCAUUUUAAAACCGUUUUUGUUAAAAUCUGGUUUCGUCAAAGGUCUUUAGAACUGUGCUCUUAAUGUACCUGCACAUGUGAUAUGUGAACAGGAACUUGCAUGUGUAACCUGUGUUUCUGUAGUUUUUGUUAUUUACUGCUUAUUUGUGAAUUCAGGUUACUAAAGUGAUUUACCAAUAAACAAAGCUAGGCAACA